AUGCCUCAGAAGGGCAAGACGAAGAACGCACCGAACCAGCACGACAAGCGCCACGAGAACGGCCUCGCACCGCCAGGCAAACGAGUUACGAGGCAGCGAUCUAACGGACAGCUGAAUGGGGAGCCCAAUGGCAAUGGGAAGCCCACCGCAGCGUCUGUUGUCACGCCGCCAGCCCUCCCCUCGAGAGGCCUAAACCAAGGCUUCAAGUUCCCGCGACCCGCAGACACCACCGCCAGCGCCCCCGACUCCGCCGCUGCCGCUCGCAAGGACUAUGCGUCCCGAUCGGAUAGCGCAGAAAGAGACAGGACUUCCUCCAACGCUUCCGCAGAGAGUGUAGGUCCGUGUGGUGAGAUGGCAGAUCAGGCACACGAGCAGACCUCUACCACGCCCAGUGCGGAGGUGCCUCCUGCUGUGGACAAUAAUGGCAAGGCCUACGUAGCUCCGGCUCGAGGCACGUUAUCUGCUGUCUCCACCAUUCUGACUUACUAUCCUCUGCGCGAUGCCAUCUCAAUCCUGAUCCUCCUGCUGUCUCUGCCGCCAACCUUGGUUCUAGUCAUCCAGGCCCUGUUCGCCUCGCUUACUUUCGUCCCGCCCACCGCCGGCAUAUCUCUGUCAACUCUACCCAAUAUCAAGGAGAUGUUCAAUUCCUCGAAUUUUGGCUAUCCUGCCAUGUUUACGAUAUUCAUGGUCGACGUAUUGUUCUGGGUCUGCUGGUCGGUGGUUUGGAAACCUGUGCAGAACAUAUUUCUGGACUUGUCUCAUGCAGUCGUGGCAGUCUCCCUCAGUGGAGCAGCUGCGACGACUGGCGGGCCGACGUACAGUAUAGCGACAUGUUCAAUCAUUGUCUGCGUGGUCCAUGUGCUCCGGUACAAAGCGAUUCAUCUUACCGCUCUGGACUACCUCCGCUCCGUUCUACAUAAACUGGAUAUCGGGUUACCUCUCGAUGCGCCUAGUUUUGCAACAUCUUUCAAUUCAGUAACGCCACUUGAGCGUGGAAUGGCCAUGACGGCCAUUCGUACUAUUCUUGGAAUACACAUAGUUUCGCAGGGCGUAACGACAUGUAUACGCCGCACACUCGCAAAUGCCAAAGCAAACGAAAAAGAUCAAACCUUACCAGCGAUCACCAAAACCGAUACAGAAGCUACGGCUGGUGCCGAGCAUCCGAAUCGUUCACCAACUGGCCUGUCUGACGGCCUGCAACCUCCGCACCUCUCUGGAAGUACUGAUGGUCGCCCUCCCGGGCAGCCUCCAGCGCCUAAGAAUCGAGAAUCCAGUAGUAAGAAGAAGCGGAAACAAGCCAAUCAGGUUCGAAGUCAGCAACCACUUUGGGCAGCUAUUGCUAGUACAAAGGUCACUUUCGUUAAGGAAAUGGAGCAGCGAGAUGCGGCUGACGAUGCUCGGGAAGCUGCUGCUAUGGAUAACAACACAACCAACCCAUUCGUAAGUGCUACGAAUACCACUACCGAUCGUAUCUGGAUUUGCGAAGUUCGAGAUACCGAGAUCAUUUUCGCCGUGGAGCUCUCUCCCGAGACAGCUGCGGAAAAUGCCGACGACAAGGACCAAUUGCCACCUGUUUCGACGGGUAUCGAUAGGUCGAAGCCUUUCUUCAUUCGCAUCAAUGGUGCUGCCUGGAGCUCAACCCGGAUCAUGUCAAGUCAGGACGGGGAGGAUGCCACCGAUCGCUAUGUGGGUGAGAUCUUCGGUCUAGCUCCUAGGAGUAGCUACCUGUGCGAGGUCGUGAGCAUCGCAAAUCAGAAGGUACUGUGCUUUGCAGGCUUGAUCACGCAGCCUGCACGCACACCCGAACAGGCUGCAGCUGGUCCACCUCCGCCACAGCAUCAAGCCCUUCGUCCAUCUUCACCCAUCACCACGCUGAAACAGUCAAUCAUGUCGGCACAGGCCAAGCUCGAUGAUGUUCGAAAUCGUGGGAGGAAGACAAAAAAGGACCAGCGCGCUGCUCAUGCCGACAUAAAGAAGGAGAUCAACACUUUGCGAAGCAAGCUUGAUUCUUCCGCCAUCGAUGAUCGUCAAAAGGGUCGCCAGCAGCAGCUCAGUCAGCACAAGAACCAGGCAGAGGAAGCGACGGCCGACAUCAAGAGCCAGAUCCAGGCUCUUGGCGAGAUCCCCGCGGACCAAGUGCAGGAGUCGGAGGUCAAGAAGCGAGCCUAUGAGUCUGCACUCAAAGCCAAGAAAGCCGCAGAGCGUGAUUUCGAGGAAGCGAAGGCCGAGCAGGACCGCGAGCUGGAUGCCCUGAAGAACGAAAUCAAGGCUUUCGAGUCGAAGAAGGAGAAGCUGGCGGCGAAAAGCGCUCAGCGUGCCUAUGAACUAGAGAAGCUUCAGCGGGAGUACCAAGCUAAGCUGUCAGCUAAGCAGAAGCAAGACCUUGAGCGCCAUCAGCGUCAGAAGGAGCAUGAGAAAGUGACCUCCAUGAUUGCGCAGAUGGAGGCUGAGGCUAAUUCGCACAUGAGCAAGGCGAACGAUGCCUAUGCUGCUUCUGCUGCUCUACAACGCUGGUCGACUCAACCUCCUCCGGGCUACCCUGGUUACUCUUCACCACCGACUCCAGAAGGCGCACUACCUGGCUCUAAUGGUCAAAUCAGCCCUCAAGCAAACGGCUUCCCACCCGGCGCUUUCUCCCAACCCUUCGGCUCGCCCUUUCAACACCAUGCUUCUCCAGCCGGCGCACACGCACGACCUGGCGGUGUUCAUCGUGGUCGAAGCUCUUCAAUGCUUAGCCAGUACUCCGGCUUCACUGACAAUGGCGACGACUUCACUUUCAUCCCUGGAGACCAUCGUCAUCAGAACUCCUGGUCUGUCCAGCCGAAUGCCAUUGCCGGUGCUACUGAAGAGCGCAAGGCCAGUGAAGGCGACAACACUUCUGGAUCGGGAUCUGGUGGAGCGAGCUUGAUGAAUGGAAGCACGAAUGGAUCGAAUAGUCCUCGGCCUGAGGCUAAACCUUUCAUUCCCGGUGCUGCUGCGAAACCUGUGGGUACGAUUGGGCCGCCGAGUAAGAAGGCGCCUCAGAGUCCGACUGCGAUGCAUGCCGGUGCGGCUGGAAACGGUAGAUAG